AUGCCUUUCACAUUCUUCCUUUGUCUUGGUGAGUCAGUACAGUGUAGCCUGACUAGAAGGCUCAUCAAAAAAAUCGUCACAUCUGGAAACGAGGAACUCCCCCCCACCUCAAUCAAAUCUUUAAAUGCCUCUGUCGCCGGCACUAUACCAUUAGCUAAUGCCGCGAUCAGUCGCUCUUUAGCUGCAUUCACUCGGAAAUUACUUGGUGUUGACAAGUUCAAUAAAAUCUAUCCGAUGGCCCCUACGCCCGAAGAACUUCAGCAACUACCUCAGCUCACCCAGGAUGAAAUUAUGCUAGAUCAAUUAGUAUUCGCAUCAGAUCUUACUUCCGCUACAGCCACUUCAAACAAUACAGAUAUGAUAGAAAUUGUCAACAAAUUUAUGGCUGAGCUUCAAAAGUACAACAUACAUCGAUUCACCUUCGCAUGGGAUCUUCCAGACAGUCAUCACUGGAAUCGUACAAUGGCUGUGUUUGUGGCUAAGCACUGGCGCUAUGAACAGCGGCGGGGAGCCUUCAAGCAUUACGGGAUCAAUCAAUCACACAAUACCAAGUCCAAUUGUAUCUCUUUGAUACUUCGCUGGUUAUGUGAAUAUCGCCAGGACACGGUCAAGCGGCAUCUCCAAGUUGAUCCUCUCCUAAUCAUUCCCGAUGCCGACUGCUGCUCGGACACUGAAUGGUACCCAGAUCAGGUGAAAUUCAAGAGGGUCGGUUUGAAGUGGCGAAGUCAACAGUAUGAAGGUAUCAUUCGUCAAAUAGAUGGUCUAUCUUUCAGCUACAAAUCAAGUGUCGAUACUCCAGCUCUUGCAAUGAAUCGUUUUGAUCAAUGUCGCAUUCCAGGAACCUCCAUCAAUCCAAAGGCUGCAGUAUGUUGUGGUCUUCCCGAGAACUGUUACAACGCAGUCUUUCUUGCUGGUCUCACGUACGAACAGAGGGAAUCCUUAAACAUGAAGCCCGUUAUAGAUUUAGAUGCACUCUCUGAAGAAAUCAAAAAUCUUGUAGUGUCGUCGAAAUAG